AUGUUGUUCUCGUCGUCGUUAAAAGAGUGGUGGCGAGGGUGGUGGCAGUCAAAGAAAAAGAAAGGAACAGAGCGCGGCGAAAAAAGAAGGAAUCCACUGAGCGCGAUUGCGUAUUAUCUCGUCGUUUUGAUAGGGUACCUGUUGGCUUUGGAUUUCUUCAGCGACUUAUUAGGUGAUGACAUUAGUAAGAACAACAACAUAAACAUCAACAACAACAAUCAAAAGAAGAAGAAGGAAGUAAUAAAGCUUUUCUGGUUCACGCUGCACGCGAUAGUUGGCAUUAUCUCGCACUUGCUCGUGCUAAAGUCCGAUCCAGGAAUAGUCACGGAGAAGAAUCACAAGGUGUGUUAUAAAAUGUUCCCGUUCGAUGAUUUACUCUACGAGGAAGGCAAAUCCUGUCGAACGCUGAAUAUCGACAUCCCGGCGAGGAGCAAGUGGGACGCGGUGACCAAUCGAAGAGUGUGUAAGUUUGAUCAUUACUGCGCGGUGGUGAACCAAGCGAUUGGUUUGAGAAAUUUGCGUUGGUUUUUGUUGUUCUUGAUCGUGAACGGCGCGUUGUGCGUACACGGAGGUCUCGUCUGUUGGAACCGGGUGAUGACGCGGAUACCGAAGCAUUGGCACUCGGUGAAAGAAAAAGAUUUUUUCGGCCUGUUUUUGCCGGCGUUGAUGUAUCAUCACACGCGAAGUAUGUUCUCGAUGUUUGUUUUAUUUUCGGUUGGGUUUGGCGUUUUGGUUUUUGCCUUGUACCACAUCUAUUUAGUCUCGAUGAACGUGACGACGAACGAGACGUAUAAAUACGCGCACAUGCGACGAGUGAAUAAAAGGUUGCCCAAGAGCGAACGAGUGGACGUGGUGAACAUUUGGAACCGCGGAAUAGUUUUGAACGUGAAGGAAGUUUUAUUCCCAAUGCGCGUGUAUUAG